AUGUCUCAAGUAUUGUUGAACAAUACACUUCUUGAUAUUGAACAACAAAUUGUACGCACUGUUUAUUCUGUUUGGUUGAUACUUGGUGCACCUGGUGGUAUAUUCAACUUACUCAUAUUUUCUCGGCCAAACAUGCGUAAAAUUUCCUGCUGUGUUUAUUUUUUUGCAACAUCGCUCAACAAUCUGGUAAGCUUGGGUGUAGGUGUUUUACCAGUAAUGUACAGUCUUAAUCAUCCGGAUCCAUUGGUAACCUCGGUUAUAUUUUGCAAGGUUCGUGGCUAUUUUCUUCAAAUAUCUUUAAUGGUAUCGAGAUGGUUUAUUUCGUUCGCUUGUAUCGAUCGGUAUACGGCGUCUUCUCGGAGUCCACGCUUGAGAUCAUUUGCACGAAUACGAAUUGCGUAUCCUUCUAUCAUUGGAAUCAUUAUUUUUUGGUUUAUUGUGGCUAGUCAUCGCCUUAUAUUCUAUGAGAUCAAGGGAAAUUUUUGCGCCAUCAUCGGCAACCCAGCAGCUGCACUCUAUCAUACCAUAUAUGUUGUUCUUGGUGGUGGCAUACUUCCAGCUACAAUCAUGAUUGUAACAGCUAUACUUAUACGCCGUAAUCUACACAUUAAAAAGCUGAAAAGAAUUCAAAAAGUUACCAUUCAGUUUCUUGUUGAUCAACAAAAACGCCAAGAAACAUUAGAUAGACAUGUAAUAACUAUAUUAUAUGUACAAAUUGUUUGUUAUAUAAUACUUAUGACACCUCAAAUGGGAAAUGUGAUAUAUAAUGCCAUAAUAGGUAUGUCGGGAAAAUUUUACCACGGCGAUCCUGAUCGCGAUCAUCAAUUUUGGGUUUAUCCACGAAAUAAACCAUUGAUAACUCCUCGUUGGGAUACGUAUAAUGCAGAUGAUUUGUGUGAUAAUUAUACUUUCAUUGGUCAAGACGCAUGA